AUGUCUUUGUACAAGAUCCGUAUGCCGGAGACGGUGGCGGAGGGCACACGUCUUGUCUUACGUGCCUUCUCACUCAUAGUGGCGGUGGACCAACAUGGUGGCAUCGGCGAUGGGCGGUCGAUACCGUGGAAUGUGCCAGAGGACAUGAAGUACUUCAGGGACGUGACGACGAAGCUGCGGGGAAAGAACGUUAAACCCACGCUUGCGAGGCGUAACGCCGUUGUGAUGGGCCGCAAGACGUGGGAUAGCAUACCGCCUAACUUUCGCCCACUGCCUGGCCGCCUGAACAUCGUCCUGUCGUCCAAAUUAACAACACAAAACCUCUUGGACGACCUGCCGGACGAGGAAAAACGGAAGGCGGCGGCGGAUAAUAUUCUGGCGGUGCGUGGUGGUCUCGAACAGGCCCUGCGGUUGCUCGCCACUCCCAUGUAUACGCGGAGCAUUGAGACGGUCUUCUGCAUCGGUGGUGGCUCCGUGUAUGCUGAGGCUCUCCGUCCGCCGUGCGUGAAGGUGCUGCAAGCCGUUCAUCGCACAACCAUUCUCACCAGGGAUUCGUCUUGCAGUGUGUUUUUUCGCCUUCCUGAAACAGGGACGGAGGCGGCGGCGGGUGUUGAGUGGGAGCGGGAGAGCAUCACCGAGGAGCGCACGUCGGCGAACUCGGAGGGAACAAAGUACUACAUUGAAAAGCUUGUUCCACGCAACCACGAGGAGGAGCAGUACCUCAACCUCGUUGACCGCAUCGUGCGUGAGGGAGCCUUGAAGCGGGACCGCACUGGGGUAGGUACCGUUUCCCUCUUUGGCGCACAAAUGCGAUUUUCGCUCCGUGACAACCGCCUACCUCUUUUGACCACGAAACGCGUUUUUUGGCGCGGCGUGUGCGAGGAACUGCUGUGGUUUCUGCGGGGCGACACCUACGCAAAGAAGUUAAGUGACAAGGGGGUCCACAUCUGGGACGACAACGGCUCCCGCGCCUUUCUUGACAACCGCGGUCUUACAGACUACGAGGAGAUGGACCUUGGCCCCGUUUACGGCUUUCAGUGGCGCCACUUUGGCGCAGAAUACACACGCCACGACGCCAAGUAUGAGGGACAAGGGGUUGAUCAAAUUAAGGCGAUCGUUGAAACACUCAAGACAAACCCUGACGAUCGCCGGAUGCUCUUCACGGCAUGGAAUCCAACUGCACUGCCCAAGAUGGCUUUGCCGCCGUGCCACAUGCUUGGACAGUUCUACGUGCGUGAUGGGGAACUGUCGUGCAUGCUCUACCAGCGCUCAUGCGACAUGGGCCUUGGCGUUCCCUUCAACAUUGCGUCCUACGCCUUGCUGACAAUUCUCAUCGCAAAAGCGACGGGACUGCGACCGGGCGAAUUUGUACACACACUCGGCGACGCCCAUGUUUACAGUAAUCACAUAGAGCCGUGCCAGGCGCAACUCAAACGUGUGCCUCGGGCAUUUCCGUUUCUCGUCUUCCACCGCGAGCGCGAGUUUCUUGAGGACUAUGAGGAGGGUGACAUGGAGGUGAUUGACUACACGCCGUAUCCCACUAUCUCCAUGAAGAUGGCUGUAUAA